AGCCGCUUCCCCAACCUCUUCCCGUCAACAACGAAAUCCUAUCGUUCAUCCACCGGUAUCACCAUCAGCCUCGUUGUUCAUCGUCUUUUAUCAUCACUCACGGCGACGGAUUUGUUCGCCGCAAUUGCUACAACCCGUCACUCUCCGUUCUUUCUCCGCCAACUCGACUGAUUGAUUGACCGAACGAUCGCCCAAGAUGAAGGGUGCUCUCCUCACCGCAGCUGUGCUGCUCGGCUCUGCCCAGGGCGCAGUCCACAAGAUGAAGCUGCAAAAGGUCCCUCUCUCGGAACAGCUUGAAGCCGUUCCGAUCAACACCCAGCUCGAGCAGCUCGGCCAAAAGUACAUGGGCGUUCGCCCCCGGCAGUCCCAUGCCAGCGCCGUCUUCAACGGCAUGGUUGCCGACGUCAAGGGCAACCACCCGGUUCCCAUCUCCAACUUCAUGAACGCACAGUAUUUCUCCGAGAUCACAAUCGGGAGCCCCCCUCAAACCUUCAAGGUUGUUUUGGAUACCGGCAGCUCCAACCUGUGGGUUCCGUCCGUCGAGUGCGGCUCGAUCGCAUGCUACCUCCACACCAAGUACGACUCAUCUGCGUCGUCCACCUAUAAGAAGAAUGGAACCGACUUCGAGAUUCGGUACGGGUCCGGCAGCCUGAGCGGCUUCGUCUCUCAGGACACCAUGACCAUCGGCGACAUCACAGUCAAGGGCCAGGACUUUGCCGAGGCCACUAGCGAACCCGGUCUCGCCUUCGCCUUCGGCCGCUUCGACGGUAUCCUGGGUCUCGGCUACGACACAAUCUCGGUCAACGGCAUCGUCCCGCCCUUCUACAAGAUGCUUGAGCAGAAGCUCGUCGACGAGCCCGUAUUCGCCUUCUACCUGGCCGACUCCGAGGGCGAGUCCGAGGUCGUCUUUGGCGGAGUCGACAGCGACAAGUACAAGGGCAAGAUCACCACCAUCCCGCUGAGGCGCAAGGCCUACUGGGAGGUGGACUUCGAUGCCAUCUCGUACGGCGACGACACUGCGGAGCUUGAGAACACCGGCGUUAUCCUUGACACCGGUACUUCUCUGAUCGCCCUGCCCACUCAGCUCGCCGAGAUGCUCAACGCCCAGAUCGGCGCCAAGAAGAACUACGCUGGCCAGUACGCCAUCGACUGCAACAAGCGCGACUCCCUCAAGGACGUCACCUUCAAUCUGGCCGGCUACAACUUCACCCUCGGCCCCUACGACUACAUCCUCGAGGUCAGCGGCAGCUGCAUCUCCACCUUCAUGGGCAUGGACUUCCCGGAGCCGACCGGACCGCUUGCCAUCCUCGGUGAUGCCUUCCUCCGGAGGUAUUACUCCAUCUACGACCUCGGCGCCAACGCCGUGGGUUUGGCCGAGGCCAAUUGAUUAACACGUGAACUGCAUGGGCAUGAUGGGAGUUUGGGACUGGUACUGGGCAUGGGACUGUAAUCUGUAUCUGAUUCUACUAGUGUGAUUUCCUAAGUACCGGUGAAGGAAGCUUUGCAAGACGACAGGGUUUUAUAUAGCGAAAGCACCUCCAGACCUUGGCUCCGGCUUACAGUCUUGGUUAUUUAUGCAACAUACGUCCGAAGUCAACAUUAAU